AGGCGGCACGCCUUCCAUUGUGGUCGACCGUGAAUUCGGUCAUCAGCACCCGGCCGACUUGGCAGCUCUUUGGCGAGUACUAUACGCUUACGGGACCCGACCGGCAGCGAGCAUCAACAAGACGACGACGAGUCAGACGGGGAGGCGUCUCGAAGGUUCGUUCUGCGCGCAGUCGUCGGGCGACCUUGGUCGUGGUAUCCCCCUCGCCCUCCUCGCCCCGUCCGGCGCAUUGAAAAGGAGGCACGCCUGAAUCGGUCCCGUCAGUUGCCUCGGCGAGAACGCGGAGCAUCCCACGACGCCAGUUUGAUCCUCUUCCAGCCCAGCGGAAGGACUACCGGUCGUGCUCGUUUUAUUCGUUUGGGGACACCGCUCGCAACUAAGCCAUGCUGGUGUAUCGGCCGUCGAUGCUGUUGCUGGUCGCGCUGGCCUGCCUCGCGGUUCGCUCCUCGGGCCUGGAGAAGGAAGAUGACUCGGAGGAAGUCGAGUCCCCGGCGACCGAGGAUCGGGACUUCGAGGGUCGAGGUUCCGAGGGUCGCGGCUCCAGGGAGGGACGGUUUUUCAACCUGAACGGCUUCUUUAGACCUCAGAUACACGGAAGGAUCCGUCCUCACGUGGGCCACGUGCCCUUGGUGUCGACCCUGGUGUCUCCGGAGCGCGACGAGGGUCUUCCUUCGGGCGGCUCCGAGGCCGAUCCCGAAGCCGGCGCCGCUGGAGGCGCCGUUUGGGACGACGACGGCAGCGCCACGGCCGUGUUCGUCAACCGGCCCUGGGUGCACGACGGACUCGGCAACUUCUUCGGACUCGGGUUCCCUUCCUUCCAGCCCUGGUACAAAGGGCCCAACGUGUGCAAGCUGAGCAAGGAGGUGAACGACGACGCCGAGGGCAACGGGUCGCUGGCCUUCGCCUUCAACUUCCAGUCGAAGCAGUGCCAGGAGACCGAAGACGCCUUCAUCUGCACCACCAAAAUCAGGACGAUGAACGAGAGCAAGACCACGACGGAGACCUUUGUCUGUUGCCACGGCUUCGUUCGCAGGAAGGAUGGUGCUGCCGGCUGUAUGCAAGUGGAUCUGAAGGACCUGAUGACUACCAUGAAGGACAUUGGUGCUUCCAAGUUCGUUGACGUCAUUGAAGACAACAAACUGGACGAGGAAUUGAAGAAGGAAAAUGUGACCAUCUUCAGCCCGACCAACAUCGCACUCAAGGACAUUGAGCAAACGAAUGAGGUGACGAGCAGCCAGGACGAAGAGCAGGGCAAGAUGGUCAAAGGUCACGUCGUGAAAGGCAUGCUGAGGACGAGCGACUUCCGCGACGAGAUGGUUCUCGAAACCCUGGACGGGAGGUCUUCCAUCCGCAUCAACGAGUUUUACAACCCUGCCAAGCUGAUGACGGCCAACUGCGUGCCGAUCGUGUCGACCAACAACCUGGCGACCAAUGGCGUGGUGCACGUGGUGGACGAGGCCCUGCCAUCGCCCAACAUGACCCUGCUCGAGAUGAUCAAGACCGACCCGCAGUUCAGCAUCCUCAGAACGCUACUGCCGUCCUCCGACCUCGAGACUAUGCUUUCCGACACGUCUGGCCACCACACCGUGCUGGCGCCCAACGACGACGCCUUCUCCAAGGUUGACAGCGAAACGCUGAAGAAGUGGCAGAAUGGCGAGGCCUGCGUGGGCAAGCUGCUACGGGGCCACGUGCUGUCCCACGUGAUCUGCUCGAUGGCGGUGCCCUCAUCGGCGCGCGUGCGCAACUUGAACAACGAGCCUGUGACCCUCGAGCGGGACGGCGACAAGCUCUUGGCCGAUGGUAGCGCCGUAGUCGCCCGCGACCUCAUGGCCACCAACGGUGUCAUGCACGUCAUUGACCAGCUCAUGAUGUCCCAAGAGAGCAAGUCGCUGGUGCAAACGCUGAUGGACAGCCAAAUGGCUGACCUGGUGCACCUGAUCGAAUCGGCUAACCUGACGUCAGCCUUUGCCGGUCUGGACAACUUCACCUUCUUUGCGCCGUCUCCUGAUGCGCUCAAGGAGGUGUCCCUCAAGGAGUGGGAGGACAUGAAGUCCAGCGGCCGGCUGGCGCAGAUGCUCAACUUCCACAUGGUUCCGUCCAAGCUGGCGCCCAGGAGCUUCUUCAACAACAUGCUUCUGCAGACGGCCGAGGGUGACGACAAGAUUCGGAUGAACGUCUUCCCCAGGGCUUUCUCGUUUGAGAGACCCACUGUGACAGCCCAGUGCGCCCGAGUGGUGAGCGCGAACAACCCUGUUUGUGGAGGCACCGUCUACCUCAUCGACAAGGUCCUCCGUCCUGCUGGAGGCGACGUGCUGGAGGUGAUGGAGUCCGCGGGCAACUUCGCCACCUUCCUGAACCUGGUGAAGGAGUCCGGCAUGGCGGACCAGCUGCGCUCCAACGCGGGGCCCUUCACGGUGCUGGCGCCCACGGACCAAGCCUUCCAGAGGCUCUCCAAGAAGAUGCUGGCCAGCCUCCAGGGAGAAGAUGCGGAAUCCUUCGUCAAGCAGCACAUCCUCCCAGAGAUGGCAUGCACCAGCGGCAUUGGACACAACGGUUUCCUCAACCGUCUUGAGUACCGAAGCCUGGACGGAAACACGGUGCCCACCCAGAGAAGUCUGCGGGGCAAUGUCUACUUCGGAGGCGCCAGGGUCUCCAAGGGAGACCUGAUGGCCCGCAACGGUGUGGUCCACGCCGUCGAAAGGGUGCUUGGCGCGCAGCCAGAAAGUCAAGACCGACUCGGCUUUGGCUUCAACUUUGACUUCCACCCCUUCUUCCGGUCAUUCUAGAAGGAAAAGACGAGAGGGUGCAGUCGUUUGCGCGCUGGUAGCACAAAGGACUCCACUCCCUCUAGGUGACUGGCAAGGGGUGGUUCGGGCGCGCGUUAAAGCGGGAUGGCUGACUUAGAUGACGUCACACUUUAUAGUUUGCUGGCUAGUGGACGUGCUCUGCGGAUAGCGGCGGUGGGUUUAGGUACGCAGGCUUUAGGCUCUAUAGGAUAAUCGAGCCAUAGUUUUCUGUUGAUUAUCAAUUUAUGGCGUUGUUGAGUCUAUUUUUUAACGACGCGGCUGGAUUACAAAAGGACAAUGCAACUCCAUUUGAUUGAGCUUUUCCACAAUUUUUUUUUCUCAUUGUAGAAACAGCCAUCCCAUUUUUGCUACGUCCUCCCGUUGAACGCUGUGCGGCUACGGAUUUUUUUUCAGCGUUUCUCGUGGCAUUGGCUACGUAAACACAGUUAUUUAGGACGCUGCUAUAUUGGCACUGUAAAUACAUUUUUUUUUCCGGGCAGCCAUUUUACAGCGUCUGGAUUGUUUGGAAGAUUAAAACAAGAAAAAAAAACACAAAAAAAACUGACGGCGCACGGCGACUGUUCCCGGGAUCAUUCGUUGCCGCUUCACUGCGUCCUUGAAGAAGGUCUCCGCACCUGUUGUAGCUCUGCAAACAUGACCGGCUGAUCUCGGGGUGAUCCAUUACCGGGGCUGGGCUCGGUGGCUUCCAUGUUUGCGUUCGCUUGUCGUUUACACUUGAACAUAGUAAUAAAGAAAAAAGUUUCUCUCCG